AUGCCCCCUACAAACAAUAGCGAAGUCCACCUCUUCGACAUCCUCUCGACCCUCUCACCCCCGAAAAACUCCUGGUCGGUGCACAUCCUGAAAAUCCGCUGCAUCCUCAACUACAAGAAAAUCCCCUACAGCCAAUCCUUCAUCCCCUACCCGGACAUCGCUCCCCUCCUGAAAAGCCUCGACGUCCCACCGCAUAAAGCCGGAACACCAUAUACACUGCCCGCGAUAAUCCACAAGGACUCGAUCGCCUCGAAUGCAAAUGGCGCAUUGGCCGAUUCGCUCCCCAUCGCAUUGCAUCUUGACGCAGUCUUCCCGUACCCGCCUCUUUUCCCCUCGGGACGUGCAAGCUAUGCGCUUUAUCUAGCUGUCGAGAGGAUCAUGGCGGGGUUUGAGAGCGGGUAUAGACCGUUCAUUGUCCCCCGCGUCGCGGAGAAUCUGGAUCCCAGGGGGCGGGUGUAUUUCGAGGAGACGCGGUCCGCGGCGCUUGGGAAGCCGCUUGCCCAGGUCCGUCCUGGGCCGGAGGAUACUGCGAGGAGCAAUCAGCUGUGGGCGAUUAUCGAGCGGGAGGCGCUGGUGCUGAGUGGAAUGUUGAGAGGGCGCGAGGGGAAGCAGGGGGUGUUCUUGGAGGGGGAGACGCUGGGGUUUGCGGAUAUCUUGGUUGCGUGCCAUCUGGCGUUCAUUGAGCGGUUUGACAAGGAUCUGUUUGCGAGGGUUGUGGGGUUGGGAGGUGGAGAGUUGCGGGCGUUGUAUGAGGCUUGUGUGCCGUUGCUGGAGGGCCAGGGGGUGGAUAAGAGGUGGGAUGUCCCUGGUGGAAAUGAGUAG